AUCGAAAGCAUCUACUUGAACGACUUCUAAUUCACUUGAACGACUUUUCUUGAACGACGACGACCAUGUACGACAAUCACGUCCGUAGGGGACAUCCGAUCCUCUUCGCCAUCAUCAUAAUCAUCGCCAUAAUCGAACUCGGGAUCUCCGCCUCCGUCCUCUCAACCUACAACUCCCACCGCAUAUUCCACGACUCCCUCUACUCCCGCACCUCCUUCACGCUAUUCUGCUCCAUCUACGCCAUCGUCUUCGGCGCCCUAUUCCUCGCUUCGUCGUUCUUUAGCGCGCCGGGUGUUGUGGUUAGUGUGGCGGGGUAUUGGGCGGUGUGGGGUGUGGGGUGGAUUUUCUGGUUGGCGGCGGCGGCGAGUGUGACGGAUGUGCUUGGUGGGGGUUUGGAGUGUGGGUUCGACGGCGAUGACCUUUGCAAUACUCUGAAUGCGCUCGAGGCAUUCGCUUGGAUCGAGUGGAUCCUAAUGACUUUCGCCCUCGUCAUCAUCACCAUCCUCGGCGUCCGCGCCAUUCGUCGUGGAGAUGGGUACAGAGGCCGACUGGUGAAUAAUAGCACGGUCUGAAGCUUGAUAGUUGCCGAAGUAUAUCUCGUUCAAUCUCUUUUCGAUUCCUAUGUUUGAUGUCUACUACGGUGGAGAAUGCUGUUAUGUGUCUGUAAAUUAAUCUUGUUAUGCGCUCAGUCAACGUAUUCAGAGGUUGCAUUCACUCAGGUCGUCUUCGUUCUGAGUCGUAAUGUGUGCGGUUGUGUCAUGCAUGGUAUUUAC